AGAGAUAGAGAUAGAGAUAGAGAUAGAGAUAGAGAUAGAGAUAGAGAUAGAGAUAGAGAUAGAGAUAGAGAUAGAGAUAGAGAUAGAGAUAGAGAUAGAGAUAGAGAUAGAGAUAGAGAUAGAGAUAGAGAUAGAGAUAGAGAUAGAGAUAGAGAUAGAGAUAGAGAUAGAGAUAGAGAUAGAGAUAGAGAUAGAGAUAGAGAUAGAGAUAGAGAUAGAGAUAGAGAUAGAGAUAGAGAUAGAGAUAGAGAUAGAGAUAGAGAUAGAGAUAGAGAUAGAGAUAGAGAUAGAGAUAGAGAUAGAGAUAGAGAUAGAGAUAGAGAUAGAGAUAGAGAUAGAGAUAGAGAUAGAGAUAGAGAUAGAGAUAGAGAUAGAGAUAGAGAUAGAGAUAGAGAUGGAGAUGGAGAUAGAGAUGGAGAUAGAGAUAGAGAUAGAGAUAGAGAUAGAGAUAGAGAUAGAGAUAGAGAUAGAGAUAGAGAUAGAGAUAGAGAUGGAGAUGGAGAUAGAGAUAGAGAUAGAGAUAGAGAUAGAGAUAGAGAUAGAGAUAGAGAUAGAGAUAGAGAUAGAGAUAGAGAUAGAGAUAGAGAUAGAGAUAGAGAUAGAGAUAGAGAUAGAGAUAGAGAUAGAGAUAGAGAUAGAGAUAGAGAUAGAGAUAGAGAUAGAGAUAGAGAUAGAGAUAGAGAUAGAGAUAGAGAUAGAGAUAGAGAUAGAGAUGGAGAUGGAGAUAGAGAUGGAGAUAGAGAUAGAGAUAGAGAUAGAGAUAGAGAUAGAGAUAGAGAUAGAGAUAGAGAUAGAGAUAGAGAUAGAGAUAGAGAUAGAGAUAGAGAUAGAGAUAGAGAUACAGAUAGAGAUAGAGAUAGAGAUAGAGAUAGAGAUAGAGAUAGAGAUAGAGAUAGAGAUAGAGAUAGAGAUAGAGAUAGAGAUAGAGAUAGAGAUAGAGAUAGAGAUAGAGAUAGAGAUAGAGAUAGAGAUAGAGAUAGAGAUAGAGAUAGAGAUAGAGAUAGAGAUAGAGAUAGAGAUAGAGAUAGAGAUAGAGAUAGAGAUAGAGAUAGAGAUAGAGAUAGAGAUAGAGAUAGAGAUAGA